AUUUCCAUUGAACUCCUACAGCUGAGUGAGAGUUGCACGUUUUUUUGUUUUGUUUACUUCUUCGUUGGCUCUUCAAUUGACCAGGAACCUCCUGGAAACUCUUAAAGGAACCUCGCCAUGGGGGCCCAAAAACCAAAAAGACAUACAAAACAUAAGAAACAAUACAAGAAAUCAAAACCCAUACCCAAAAAUCAUGUUAACAGCAAAUUCAAGCAUCGUGGCAGCACGACGGUCGAGCGGUUAAAGAAACAAAUCGAAUUGGAAAAGUCCCAUCUACAGACGAAAGAGGUGUUUGAAAAUGAAUUGCUGGGUGGUGGCCUGUCAGAAGAAGAGGAGGAAGAGGCAAAUCCAUUUGAAGAUUUGGUUCAGGAUUUGAGUUCAAGCGUAAAAAAGAAGCCAGCCUUCAAAGAAGCUCCCUUGCAACUCUUGGGGGCCAAGAAGAAGCCUGAACAAAAAACAAACGUCACAGCCAAGAAAAUGAGAAGACAAUAUGUUUUGCCCAAGUUACAACAGUUUAAGACUCAUUUACAGACCGAAGUCUCGGCAGAAGAUGUUGAAUUACUUAUCAAUGGUACUGCGGAGAAAAUUAAAUCUUCCAUCGAAUGGCCUGAAAUGGGUCAUGGCUAUAUAACAACACCAGAAAUCGAAGUCAAUCGAAAUAAAGAUCUUAUAGAUGAGAAUCCACCGCCAGCAUUGGAAAGUGCUGACGAUUUGGAAUCAUUGGGUCUACAGCCAUUUUUGGCCAAUCGCAUUAAUUUGCCAAUGAGUAAUUUCCAAAGUGAACUUUUGACUUUGUUAAGCACCUACAAAGAUGUCUACUAUCCAUAUCGUAAUUUCGAUAAUGCUGAAGAAAUUCGUCAGGUCUAUACGAUUCAUGCCCUGAAUCACAUAUUCAAAACACGAGCCUGUGUAAUGCUGAACAACAAAAAAAUCGAGGAGGAAGAGGCAAAGAAUAAGGGCUUGGUUAUAGAUGAUGUUUAUCGAGAUCAGGGUCUGGCUAGACCCAAGGUUUUGAUUGUUACACCGUUUCGUGACUCUGUCUAUCGUAUUGUGAACAUAAUGGCCGAGAUUAUUAAGAAAAAGGAAAAGGACAAUGAUGCCAAAUCUGUUAUGAAUAUGGAAAGAUUCGUCAAAGAAUUUACCGGUGAUACUAUUUACUUCCCAAAAACCAAUCCCAAACCCGAAGAUUAUGAAAAAACGUUUAGUGGAAAUACUGAUGACAACUUUCGAAUUGGCAUAUCCCUGACGAAGAAGACUCUUAAGCUCUACACAGAUUUCUUUUCAUCGGAUAUUUUGAUUGCCUCACCCUUGGGUCUGCGUCUUUCAAUGGGUGGCACCAGUGACAGUGAUGUUGAGGCAGAUUUUCUAUCCUCAAUUGAAUUGUUGAUUUUGGAUCAAGCGGAAUUGUUUUUGGCACAAAAUUGGGAAAAUCUCCUACAUGUUGUUGAUCAUUUACAUUUGCAACCGAAAACGAUGCGAGCCACCGAUAUUAAUCGUGUUCGUUCUUGGUGUUUAAAUGGAUAUUCGAAAUUCUAUCGUCAAACGUUGCUGUUUACCAGUCAUGAGCUUCCCGAGUUUAGAGGAGUUUUCAAUAAUAAAUGUUUCAAUUAUGAGGGCAGCAUACGUUUCUCAAACCCCAUCAUCAAUGGGGAUAUACGGAAUGUAAUUGUACCCAUAUCCCAGGUCUUCCAUCGCAUUGAAUGUUCUGAUAUCGAACAGGUGUUUGAGAAACGUUUUAAUUAUUUUGUUGAGAAGAUACUGCCGCAAUUUAAGAGUACAAUAUUUGCCCAUUGUAUGAUUUAUGUACCGAACUAUUUUGAUUAUGUGCAAUUGAGAAAUUACUUCAAGGCCGAAACGGUGAAUUUUGUACAAAUUUGUGAAUACACCAAAAAGGAGAAAAUGGCCAGAGCCCGAGAUAUGUUCUUCCACAGUGGUGCCCACUUUAUGCUCUAUUCCGAAAGAUCACAUUUCUUCAAACGUACAAGGAUUAAGGGUAUACGUCACUUGAUUAUGUAUCAACCACCUCAAUGGCCAAAUUUCUAUUCGGAAAUGAUAAAUCUUAUGCAUACAUCUAAUCAGAAUAGCCGUGAUGGCCUGGAAAAUUCCAUGAGUAUAACAGUUUUAUACACGAAAUAUGAUAGUUUACAAUUGAAUGGUAUAUUGGGUACGGAAAAUGCUACAAAUCUUUUGGAGUCGGAUAAGGCGAUACAUGUAUAUGCAGCGCAAUGACGAUUGCAAAUGAAGUGUGAAUAAAUUUUUUUAUUUGUAGUAACA